AUGGGUGAAAAUAUUGAUAAUUAUUCGAGUGGAGAACCAGCACCAAAAAAACAUAUGUCUUCACAAGCUGUCUUAGGUUUAAAAAAGUGGGAAUUGGAUAAUAAUAUUAAAACAGUUGAUGAAAAAUUUAUUUGUGAUGUUGAAGAACAAAAAACUUUAAGAGAAGAAGUAAAACCAUGGAACAAUGAUCCCAAGUACUUUAAGAAAGUUGAAAUUUCUGCAUUAGCAUUAUUAAAAAUGACAAUGCAUUCUAAAAGAGGUGGUGAAAUUGAAGUUAUGGGUGUUAUGCAAGGAAAAGUUUCUGGGGAUACUAUUAUAGUAAUUGAUGCUAUUCCUUUACCAGUUGAAGGAACUGAAACAAGAGUAAAUGCGCAAGAACAGGCAAAUGAAUAUUUGGUGAGUGCGACUGAUAUGAGUCAAUAUAUGGAACGACUGGAGUGUGUCAUUGGUUGGUAUCACUCUCAUCCAGGUUAUGGAUGUUGGCUUAGUGGUAUUGAUGUAGAAACUCAACAAUUACACCAACAAUUUAAUGAACCAUAUUUGGCAGUCGUAAUUGAUCCUCUCAAAACUGCUAUUGCAGGAAAAGUUGAAAUUGGAGCAUUUAGAACACUUAAUCGUAUUGAUACUUCUAAUAGUAGUUCAAGUAAUAUUACCAAUAAAGGUAUAACUGGUGAUAAAGCUAAAGAUUACGGGGCUCAUGCUCAUAGAUAUUAUGAACUUGAGGUAUCAUUUAUCAAACAUAAAUUGGAUAGUGAACAUUUAGAUAUUCUUUGGGAAAGUAAUUGGUAUGAUAUUCUUCAGAAAUCCUCCUUAUUUGAUUGUUUAAUGCAUACAAAAGGAGUCCUAAAAAAUUCAAUUGAUUCAAUUAAAUGUAGUAUGAAUGGAUUAAAUAAGGGUUCUGGAUCUAGUAUAAGUAAAGUUUCAAAAAAAUGUAAAUGUGUAAAUAAACAAUUAAGGCAUGAUAUCUUCUUAGAAAAACUAAGACUUUCAAUUUUUAAUAAAAAUUUAAAGAAUAUAAUGAAUGAACAUUUAGAGUAUGAUAAACUUUUGGAUGGUAAUGUUACAAAAAAUACCGUGAAUAAUGAUGCUAAAUUGGAAAUGAAUGAUCAAGAAAAAUUAACAAAUGAUUUUAAUUUAACUGUGAAAGCUGAUGUAUCUGAAGUUGAUUCUUUUUUGGAAUGA